UCUCCGGUGAGAGUUUGACCGAAGUCAUAUGUCUCAGUACUGUACGUGGUGGAGGAUCCUGUUUGCUGUAACGGGGAUAAAUAAUGUUUGGAAAACGCUACGGACAAUUUUCAUGAUGGGACUCGCUUCUGCUUUAUUAGGAAGUCUUGGACAGCCAGGCGUCACUGUCGGCAGCAGGAACAACAUGUGCUAGAAGAUCUUUCUGCUUUGCUUAAUAUAUUACGCCAGAAACACGAUUUGCUAACAGGUGCCUACUUCGCGGAAUAUUUUGUCAUUUUCUACUUAAUUUUGACCAACACCUGAGGAAGUUGUUGAAGUGAAGAAAUGACAGAGCACAUGACCGUGGGAGAGGAGUAAAAGUUUUCUCUCGGACCAAGAACACCUGCCGCACUCCUAGCUCCGAGUCCCUCUCCCCGCCAGCAUGACCCUCGGCGCGGUGUCGGGAUCCGACAGCUCGGCGGUCAGCUUCUGCUCCUGCUGCGGGGCCAAGAUGGUGCCCUACUUCAGCGACGACGCGGUGGUGUCAAAAAAUCAGAUCAACCAGCUCAUCAGUGAGAGUUUUCUCACUGUAAAGGGUGCAGCCCUGUUCCUUCCCAGGGGCAACAGCCCCACGCCUAACUCAGCACCGCGCAUCAGCCAGCGCAGGAACAAGCACACAGGUGACCUCCAGAAACAUCUUCAGACCAUGUUCACUGUGCUGCGGCCGGAGGACACGAUCCGACUGGCUGUGCGUCUGGAGAGCGCCUACCCUCAGGUAACCCGCUACAUGGUGGUGGUCUCCACCAACGGUAGACAGGACACGGAGGAGAGCAUCGUGCUCGGCAUGGACUUUGUCUCCUCUGAUAGCUGCUGUACGGUGGGUCUGGUUCUACCUCUGUGGAGUGACACUCUGAUCCACUUGGAUGGAGACGGUGGCUUCAGCGUAUCGACGGUGAACAGGGUUCAUGUCUUCAAGCCAGUUUCUGUCCAGGCCAUGUGGUCGGCGCUUCAGUCGCUCCACAAAGCAUGCGACGUGGCCCGCUGCCAUAACCACUACCCGGGCAGCCUGUUCCUGACCUGGGUCAGCUACUACCAGAGCAGGGUCUCCUCCAACCAGUUCUGCGUCAACGAGUGGAACGCCAUGCAGGACGUCCAGUCGCACCGUGCCAAUUCACCCGUUCUCUUCACAGACCUGCCCACGGAGAGGGAGCGCACAGAGAGGCUGAUAAAGACGCGCCUCAGAGAGAUCAUGAUGCAGAAAGACCUGGAGAACGUCACCUGUAAGGAGAUCCGAACAGAGCUGGAGAUGCAGAUGGUUUGUAACCUGAGAGAGUUUAAGGAAUUCAUCGACAACGAGAUGAUCAUCAUCCUGGGACAGAUGGACAGCCCCACGGAAAUCUUUGAACACGUCUAUCUGGGCUCUGAGUGGAACGCCUCUAACCUGGAGGAGCUGCAGAACAGCGGAGUGCACUACAUCCUAAACGUGACCAGAGAGAUAGACAACUUCUUCCCGGGGAUGUUUGAAUACCACAACAUCCGAGUGUACGAUGAAGAGGCCACCAACCUGCUGGAGUACUGGAACGAGACCUACAAGUUCAUCACCAAAGCAAAGAAAGCAGGUGCUAAGUGUCUGGUUCACUGUAAAAUGGGUGUGAGUCGCUCCGCCUCCACAGUGAUCGCCUACGCCAUGAAGGAGUACGGCUGGGACCUGGACACUGCCUUCGACUAUGUUAAAGAGAAACGGGCCGUCACCAAACCAAACCCUUCCUUCAUGAAACAGCUGGAGGAGUACCAGGGGAUUCUCCUGGCCAGCAAACAAAGGCACAAUAAGCUAUGGCGCUCACACUCUGACAGCGACCUAUCAGAUCGCCAAGAGUCCAUGUGUAAACCUUCCUCCCACUCUCUGGGUCGCUCCGACUCUCACAACAACAACACUUCCUCCCCCUCCUUACAUCACUUCCUGGGCGCGGCUGUGCUGCAAGCGCUCGGUGCUGCAGAACCCGAAGACUCUGCCAAAUCAAACGCCACACACACCUCCGGCUCACACACAGACUCCAACGGUGUGUGUGACUCACCGGGUCAGGAGGAGGUCGGACCAGAUUGUGGAGACCCCCUUCUGCUUCCUCUCCCCAGUCCCCGAGCAGCCACUGUGGUCCCAGAGGAAAGACUGGACAAUUCAGCGAGCGUGGCUGUCACUGUGCCUGUAGCUCUGCCCCACCCGCCACCGUCACUCCACAUCGUCCCUGCUACUCCUGAACUUCAGCGUGCUCACCGGGGUCCUCCCACACAUUUGUCUAUUUCAGUGCCCAAACACAAGCCAGUGGAGCUGUCCCUCACUUUGCCUGAGCAAAGCAGCUCAGAAGAAAUCUCUCCUCUCACUCUGGGAUCCACCGACUCAGACAUAAUAGAAUUAUCAGAUUUAACGAGUGACAAACACAGUCCGCUCAGCCCUGCUAACAUAACUCCCCUCUCCCUGGUUCUACCACUCGCUGCCAGCGACGACAACAACAACCCCAGCGAGAUAGGCAUCGCCUUGGACAACCGCGGCGAGGCCGAUGGGUCGUCCAAUCACAGUGCAGACAGCAUCGACUUCUUCAGCGCCAGAGAGAAGUUCCUGGGCCUGGCCCAAGAUGGCAGAUCACGGACGAUUUCCGAGCAGGCACAACAAAGGACACCUCUGUUGCUUGAGGAAAAUGGAGAAAGUGAGGCAAAAGAGGAAGAGGAGCAAGAGGAUGUAACUAGUGAGGUGUCUCCACAGUCUGAAGACAGCCCUGACCGAACUCAUCCCCCUCACCAUGACAACGGAGUAUCAGUCCGCCAUAUUGUCACAGAGAUAGAAGCCAUAUGCCACCCUGCCUCCUGCCUUCCUACCCCCUCCUCCUCUUCAUCCUCUUCGUCGCUCCCUCCGUCCUCCCACAGCCCUCAGCUCAUCCGACCAGAGCAUCAGAUAGAGGCAGAGACUUCUGAAGUCAUGCACGGCUCUCUCACUCCACCUUCCCACCCGCAGUCUCCCUCCAUGCUGCCGUGCGAUUGGCCGGCCGGCUCGGUGCGGCGAGCGACCGAGCAGCUAGAGCAGAAGCUGAGGCAGGAAUUGGAGAUGGCUGCUUCCCCGCGGUCUCCUCUGCAUUCCCCCAGCGCUGAACACCCUCCUGUCAGACUGUCUCCAUGUCCCCUGAGCGCAGAACAUUCUCCCCUCCGCUUCCCUCAGGACUGCACAGAACAAAGGAUCACUCAGGGAGAGAUCACGGCUGUAUCUGCUGAGUCCAAAGACGGAGAAGAACAAGCAGGGUCACAAACAGAGCUCAACUCCUCAGGCAUAGACAACCUCCCAGACCUUUCAUGCUCCUCUGACUCAAAUAUCAGCCAAGUCUCUGGUGCUAUACCCAUCAUUGUGUCCAUAUCAUCGCUGGCCUCGACUAGUCACUUAGAAGAAUCAUCUCUAGAUACCUCAGCACAGUCCCAAAGACAGAGCCAGCUCCACAGCCAAAGCCCACAGCCUCAGGCCUGUUCAAACCAAAUUACUGUGGAUGGAGCGACAGUGCAGGAGUCAGACACAGAUGAGAGACUGGAGUCCAGGUCCCAGGGCGGGCGGGGAGGCUGUGGCCCCGGCUGCGAAGCUGAGAACAGGCUGGCUCGUGGCAGCCAGGAGCUGGAGAGGAUUCAGCAGACACUCCGAGAGCUGCAGGCUUUCCUCCACGAGGGUGCCAGCCUGGAGACGACAGACAGCCAAGAGCAGGAACUGGGGCAGCCUCAGGGGCUGAGAGACAUUAUGGACACGGAGCCAGGACCUUGUAAAAGGGCGAGUUCUGAACAGACUCCUCCAGGCUUGGAAGUAGGGCAGCGACUCCGAGAGAGACAAGAGGGGAAGAGUUUCCUCGAGCCGAUAGUGUGGCACAGAGCCAUGGAGCUGGAGGCUCGCAUCCGCCAGGCGGGCCUCACCCCCCCUUCUCUCAUGAAGAGGUCGGCCUCUUUAGCUAAACUGGACUGCCUGGAGCUCUCAGCCAAUGACCUCAGCGACCUGGACCUGAGGCCACACACCAGGAAGACAUCAUCACACUCCCAGGACUCUUUCUCUACGUCCACAUCUCACCCUGACGACACCUGGAAGAAGCAGAAAGUGCUGGCUCGGAACACUUACGUCGAAAAGACAGGUUUGUCCCAAGGCGGCAGGGAUCUUGACAAGUUGUCCUCAUCACCGUCCCUCUGCUUCUCCUCCGGCCCUCAUCGCUGUCCCACAGAGGACACAGGCGAGAGGGAGGAGCCGGACGGCAGUGGGAGCGGCGCGGCCCCCGCAACACGCCAGCAGGGGAGGGGACACUCGUCAAGACGUUCUCGCAAAGGCUCCGCUGAGAAAAAGCAGCGAGCCGUCACUGUGCUAUACAAUACCAUGUGACCUCAGUGCAAUGGAGUGGAACGGACACGACUGGAGCUGUGCGAGCAAGCUGCAUGAUGUGUAAAAAUGUGUAGCAGGUAAACUGGAGACCUUGUGUAACCUCCGAUGUAUGUUUA